GCGAUCGCGAGAAAAAAAAAUGCAACCUCCCAAAAUAAAGAGCAAAGAUUGCAUUAGGAGCGAACAGCGCUGCAGAUAUAGAUGGCAGCUUCGUGUCAGUGAGUUUGCGUCCCCCUUCCUGAUCCACGAGCUGGAGUGAUUAGAGCCCUGGAAGGGAAUUGUCACUCCCGUGAAGUCCCCUUUUCCUGGCAGUCAUCUGCACUGUACACGCUGGGUCCCUCUCCCAUCCACCCUACUCACUCGCUCCUCUCUCACCUCCUCUCUCCCUCUCCUGCAUUGAUUUUUUUUCUCUCUCUCUCCUUUUUUUAGUUGACUGAAACAAAACAAAACAAAAGGGCCACUGGAUGUCUGCCUUCUUGGGGGGUGAGCCAGACAGACUGACAAACAAACAGACCCAGCUGAGCUCGGGGGAGGGCUUCUCCUCCGGUUUUGCCCGGCGGCAGCAGCAUGGACGUGUUGGCUAGUUAUAGUAUAUUCCAGGAGCUACAACUUGUCCACGACACCGGCUACUUCUCAGCUUUGCCAUCCCUGGAGGAGACCUGGCAGCAGACAUGCCUUGAGUUGGAACGCUACCUCCAGACAGAACCCCGGCGGAUCUCGGAGACCUUUGGCGAGGACUUGGACUGUUUCCUCCAUGCCUCUCCUCCCCCGUGCAUUGAGGAAAGCUUCCGGCGCUUAGACCCCCUGCUGCUCCCAGUGGAAGCCACCAUCUGCGAGAAGAGCUCCGCUGUGGACAUUUUGCUCUCUCGGGACAAGUUGCUAUCUGAGACCUGCCUCAGCCUCCAGCCAACCAGCUCUUCUCUAGACAGCUACACAGCCGUCAACCAGGCCCAGCUCAACGCAGUGACCUCAUUAACGCCUCCCUCAUCCCCUGAGCUCAGCCGCCAUCUGGUCAAAACCUCACAGACUCUCUCAGCCGUGGAUGGCACGGUGACGUUGAAACUGGUGGCCAAGAAGGCUUCCCUCAGCUCAGUGAAGGUGGGAGGGGUGGCAGCAGCAACAGCCGUGACACCAGCUGGAGCAGUUAAGAGUGGACAGAGCGACAGUGAACAAGGAGGGGUAGGGGCUGACACAUGCCCUGAAAACAAGAAGAGGGUCCAUCGCUGUCAGUUUAACGGGUGCCGGAAAGUUUAUACAAAAAGCUCCCACUUAAAGGCCCACCAGAGGACUCACACAGGUGAGAAGCCUUACAAGUGCUCAUGGGAAGGCUGCGAGUGGCGUUUUGCACGGAGCGAUGAGCUCACAAGGCACUACAGGAAACACACAGGUGCAAAGCCCUUUAAGUGCAACCACUGCGACAGGUGUUUCUCCAGGUCUGACCAUCUUGCUCUCCAUAUGAAGAGACAUAUCUAAAACAAAACAAAAACAAAAACAAAAGUAAACAACAACAAGAACAAAACACUGCAAAGGCCAGAGUUGCCACGGCGUGAGUUGCCAUGGCGUCAGCCAAUGUCCGAAGGAAAUGCCGUGAGGCAGAGGGCUGGACUUCCGGCGGGGGGGCACUGCCUCGCAGAAGAAAGUUCUCGCUUACAAACCUCUGUGUACAUACAUGUACACGCACACGUACACACACCCUCUCACACACAGACCCACUGUCAUGCACUCAACUAUAUUUAAAGUAUAUACGUCUAUUUCUUAUGCCUUGCCCUAGCCAGAUGGUAGAAGACAAGGAAGAAGGAAGCCAGGGGAACUCAGCAAGGCGCUGGCUGCCGACUCCAGCAUUAUUGGAAUUACUUCCUGCUGUUGCCAAUGGAAAACAAAGCAAAUGGAUGUCUUCAUGGUGGCCGGCAGUACCAGGGGCUUACAUAACUUGCUUCUCGGUGCAACUUGAUAAGAGAAUCCAACAUCUUAUGGUUGCAUAUGUGUAGCACUAAUGUUUCUUUUUUUAAAAUAGUUGGGGGAGAUUGACCUAGAAAACCAAAUUGCAGUUUGGUAGCCAAACUUAACUCCUGGUUUAUUUGUCCUUUGUGUGUGAAAAGUCCUACUAUUCCGUGCGUCAGACUUCCUCACAGAACUGUCGGUUGGUUUUGGUUCCUCUUCUGAGUCGCUACCGACGGCCUUAGCGGCGGCAGACUGUGGAUCCACAUCUUACACCUUUCUGGCCUGCAUCUCUCUAGACUUCACUCUCAAGGGAGGAGUUUUCUUUUCUUACUUUUUUGACUUUCGCACAUCAUAUGCACUAGGGAUUCUGGAAACUUCUAGCAUGACUGCAAAGUGGCCAAGAGAAUAAAGUCCCUGGUGAUAAGUCACAGUAUAUCCCUCGAGCCUCAUCUUCUUGCCAGUGCUAGAUGGUUUUUUUUUUCCUUUUUAAUCUCUCUGAUUUUUGCUAAUGAAAACUUGAAAGGAAAAAAAAAAAGCUUAUUUGGAAGCUUAAAUGUUUUAUCUUUUCUCCAUGGACAAAACCUCUCCAGGACUCUCUCGGCAGGCACCUGGAUGUCUAGCUCUCAAAGCAGCCAAUCAGACGGGACAUCACAGUUCUCUCAUCCCUCCUUGAGGCGUGAUGACCUCAGCUCACAGUGAGCAGCUACUGUGCUGUGUCAUUGCUACCGUAUAACCAGUUACAGCAUAGAUGUCGCUAGUCUCAAAGGGCAGCUGCGUAUUUAAUCUAACUCUGGGUUAUGACCUGACAAAAAGCCAAAAAAAAAUAUCACUCUUUCCAGGAGUGGGGGAGUCUGAGGAUGCCUCCCAAGUCUAGAGGCUUCACAAAAUAUCCCAUCCCUUCCCUCUCUUACCCACUGAGAUCAUAGUACCCACUUGUUUAAAAAACAUGCUUCAAAACGCUAUCGUGGGAAUGAAGGUUGUCCAUUUAAGAAAGGGUGGAGGUGUCUCUUGUGGUGUGUCUAGGGGUUUACGGAGGCUUCCUUUAGGGGAAGGUGGAGGGAGCUGGUUCUUUUUGACUAGAGCCACCAUGGCUUGUGACCUAGAGCACCCAGGAUCCACAGAGGCCUCAUAUGUACCAUGAAAGCUGACUCCAAGGGGCCCCUGUUGCUCACUUGCAUUUCACACACUUACAUCCACUGUUGGUUUCUCUCUUCCCACAUUCUUAGCUAGCUGGCAACUGGCCUAAACUCCAAAGACUGCCUUUAGGACCAUUAACUGUCCUAUGCAAGUAAGCGGGGUGGGUAUUAAGGCAGAUUGUAUAUUUUGUAUAUUCUGGGACCAUCCCUUCGAGACACGUCUAACAAACAAAAGUGGCAUUUGGUCCGUACAUGGUUGCUGCUCCUUCAUACCAGCUGGCUCCCUCCUGCCUUCCUUUGACUGUUUGACUCAUUGACUGUUAAAAUGCCACCCAUACACAUUUGGGAUGCAAACCUGAAGUCUGUUAAAGGAAAUAAUAAUAAUAA